UCCUACGAUGGAGCUUCUGGAUGGUACAUAACUCUUGCAAUUCAAAAGUCCCUCAAUAAUUAACCCACUCCCAUCUACCAAAGCUUGACCGUAUUUUGAUCGCGUAAAAUCAAAAUGAAUCCUUUCCGAAGAAACGUGCAUCAUGAUGAACGGGAACGCACAUCUUCUGGUCGUAGAUUUCGUUUCUUUAGUAGAGACAAGAACAGAGUCGCUGGGGGAUACAAAGCGGCGCUUUCCAAUCCUAGGACAUCCAGACAGGGCAGGAAGCACGCGAAGCAAGAACUUCGUGCCAUGGGAAGGGAGAGGGAAACCCAUUUGCCCUUCAUGACCAAAGUAAAACGUGCUCUUGGUAUACGCAGCACCCCUCGUAAUAAGCGAGAAUCCAACAAGAGGCAAAAGCGGCGAGCGGCACUUCCGUGACUGCAAACAUAGCGCAUUGCAUUCGGUGGCAUUGAUAGUCCUUCCAAUA